AUGAGCGCAAAUCCCCAAAACCCCGAACCCUCCGAGGGGCUCGAUAGGCAAGGCUCUGUCAAAAGGGCCAGACAGUUGCUGGCAGCCGGCGUGCGUCCAGAACGAGUCUUGCCACAACAUCAGUUGAGACAUCCUCCACUCCCUAGGAAUGUAUCACACCAAACACAAUGGCCUCUUCCUGAGUCCGGGCUACCACAUCAUCCUAUCAAUCACCAUCCUAGAUUCUUGGUGCCGCGCGGUCCUCCACCGCAAAGACCACUUCAUCCGAGUGAAGUUCCGCAUUCGCCCUCUAUCUACUCAGAAAGAGAUGGCCAAGACUCAGAGACAAGCUCGCAAUUCGCACGGCCUCCCCGAUCUUUCUCGUCGCUGCAACCACCUCCGCCGUUGCAGCUACGCCGCCCUGCCAUGACUGAUGCCCCAGUUAGCCCUACCAGCACCGUUGACAUGACUCCUCGGAUAUCGAUUGCAACCGAUGACCUUUUCAGACAAUCUACGGCUUCGACCAUGGUUUCUGUUCCGGAUGUGCCUCCGUUCCCACCACCAAUGCCGGAAUCCGAGCCCCCCUUCCAGCAUGACCCAAGGCAACGAACAGCAGGUCUUGUAGCACCGCCAGCCACUCAACAGGCUCCUCGGGCUCGACGUUCUUCUGUCUCCCCAAUACCGGAAGAGCUUGCAGAUCCUCGCUUCACCAAAGGAUCAUUUGCGUCAAGUCGAGCGGUCCCUUCCAGCUGGGGAUCCGGCCCGGCCGAAUCUGAAAUACUGGGAGCAUAUCUCGAAAUGGAGUCAGACAACGAACACCCUGAACCGAGCACACAGGAGAAUGGGGCCCUUGUCCGCAGCGCUAGUCUUGGUAAACGAGGAAAGCCGACAAUGCGUACUAUUUCGAAGUCUAACCCUGUAUCCGAGGUCCCUAUCACGGACACGCCAGGACCUAGCAGCCAAGAAUCCCCCAAGAAAACGGCCGUUGUUCCUAUCGCGAUGGGCCCUCCAGCAAACCAAAUGCUCCAUCCACCAAGCCAACUGCGCAAAGGAUCUACUUCCACGGCUUCCACCGAUUCAUUGCAAGGUCUAGAUCCCGAAAAGCCACCCUUUGCCCAAGAAAAUCGGCCUUACAGUACAGGCCUCGAAAAGGAAAUCGAAAUCUUUGGUGCUUUGCCAAAAGCCGCACCAACUAUGAGCGACAAAAGGCCUUGGGGUCGUAAGCCUGCUGCCCUGAACAUACAUGCAGUGCGCGACGCAGAGGCCCGCGGAAGUCUUUCCAGCUUGAGUGAUUUAAUUCGACGUGCCACCAAGCUCGCAUCAAACCUAGAUCACGGACGAACCGCUAGUCGAGCUGAUCUGUUCGGUGGUGGAGAGGCUGAAUUCAAAGCCUCCAAGGGCAAUCGUCCUCGCAACUCGGGAUCCAUCUCGGAUAUGCUUGCCUCAUUCCCUCCACCAGGCCUGGCAACCCCAGAGAGUCGUGGCUCAUGGCCGAUUUUCUUCGGCCGGUCUAACCUGCGUAAUGUCGAGCCACUUCACUCACAUGACGAUGAUCCGAAUGCAGCUCCCCGCAGGAAGAUGUGUUGCGGGAUGCCCCGCAAGCUGUUCAUAGCUAUGUGUAUUAUCAUCUUCAUCAUUGUCAUUCUUGCGGUUCUGCUGCCCGUUUUCCUCGUGGCUGUUCCUCGCGAGAAGACAAGCAAAGACACCACAUGUGCGACGAGCAACCCCUGCCAAAAUGGAGGAGUGAGUGUCUCAAGCGGAAGUCAAUGCUCAUGCGUUUGUUCCAACGGCUUUACUGGCUCGCGAUGCACCAUUGCCAAUGACGGUCAUUGCACCACCUACCUCAUCGAGGAUAGCUCUGGUACCAAGAAUGCAUCCAUGGGCACUUCACUUCCGACUUUGCUCGCGGUCUCCAAGGAGACAUACGAUCUCACACUCGACCCGGUUACUAUCAUGGGACUAUUCAGUAUGAACGACAUCUCCUGCAAGACGGAAAAUGCGCUUGUAGCGUUCAGCGAGGUCAAGACGAACGGCUCCAGCAAUGCCCGUCGGUCCCUCGAGGCAGACCCGCUGCCGUAUGAAGAUACACCGGAAGUCCAUGCUCCCACCAUCACCACUGGGCCCACUCCCAUCCUCGCAGCUCGCGCGGAGGCUACGAUGAAUGGCAUCUUGUACGAUGACUCGGGCGCUAGCACACUCAGCGGCACGGCCUCGGCCACCCAAACGGAUGGGGCAGUGGCCGCCACCAGGAUUGGAGCUCAAGCUACUUCCACCGGUCAGGCUUCCACCACGACGGCGAGCGUCCCUGAUGAUGUCGUGGAGUUCUCUCGGAUUGCGGUGUUGUACAUUCUGCAGAAGACCGGAUCCAUGGAUACGGCAAUGUCGUCGGAAGAUGACAUUGAGUCUUUCCUCACUGGAUCGUAUGCGAGCGCCGCCUGGCCAACGCAGAAAGUGGGGGCAUUCACGGUGGACUAUGUGAAUUUGACCAUCACGCUUCCGAAUAGCACGGUCAAGGCAGGAUAA